CAGUAAAAAAAAACAUGGUGUCAAUAUAAUCACCCGCGAAUUUCAGCUCUCAAAUUUCUUUCAUAAUCUUAAAAAGAAGUACUAAUUUAUCAAAAAGUUUACUCACUGAACAAUUCAGUACAUUUAUCGGUUACUUUAAUCAAUAAAUAUCAAAAGAAUUAUUUUACUUUAAGCAAAUUUCGAAAAGAUUUUAGUUCACGUGGUGUGAAUGUUUUUUUCAUUGCCGGCUCAAAUUAUUUUCUCGUCCACGUGCGUUUACCAUAUUAUUCUCUGCUUCAAUCAGAACCAGAUUUUCAAGUAUAAGCAGCAAGUUUACGUGAAAAGAUUAACAGGCAGGAUGAUACCAGAAAAUACAACUUGCCCCACUAGUCAUCAUGACUGUGAAAACAAUCUACAGUCGAGCGCGCAGAAUCGGCUUUUGAUCAAGAACGGAAAAAUCGUCAAUGAAGAUGACAUGGUUGAUAGUGACGUUUAUAUCGAGGAUGGCAUUAUUAAACAACUUGGCCGCAAUCUUAUAAUUCCCGGUGGCACGAGAACAAUUGACGCGAGAGGAAAAUAUGUUAUGCCCGGCGGAAUUGAUCCCCAUACACAUCUUGAAUUUGAAUUCAUGGGAACGACAAGCGUUGAUGAUUUCUAUCAAGGCACCAAAGCGGCGGUAUCAGGUGGAACGACAAUGAUCCUAGACUUUGUCAUUCCAAGGCCAGAUGAAUGUAUUCUUGAGGCCUAUGAAAGGUACAGAACUAACGCUGAUGAGAAAGUUUGUUGCGACUAUGGUUUACAUAUUGGCAUCACUUCCUGGAAUGCAAAGGUAAAAGAAGAAAUGGCAAUUUUGGCAAAAGAUCAUGGAGUGAAUAGUUUCAAAUUUUUCAUGGCUUACAAAGAUUUGUACAUGUUGAGAGAUAAGGAAUUAAUGGAGGCAUUCGCUUAUUGCAAAAGUUUGGGCGCAGUUGCAAUGGUCCACGCAGAAAAUGGAGACAUUAUUGCUGAGAACACGAAAAAAUUACUGGCUGCUGGAGUAACUGGACCGGAAGGUCACGAGAUGUCCCGUCCCGAAGAAGUCGAGGCGGAAGCGGUAAACAGAGCCUGCGUCAUAGCUAACCAGGUGAAUUGUCCGCUCUACGUGACAGCGGUGAUGAGCAAAUCAGCCGCAGACAUGAUAUCUGCUAAAAAAGCCGACGGUUACGUCGUUUAUGGAGAACCAUUAUCGAGUAGUGUCGGAAUCGAUGGUUCCGACCAAUAUGGCAAAGAUAUCAAUAAAGCCAGAUGCAUUAUUACAAAUCCUCCUUUGAGACCGGACCCAACAACUCCGGCCUACCUGAUUGAACAAUUAGCUCAAGAUGGACUGCAAGUAACCGGAAGUGAUCACUGUACGUUCACGAGUGAGCAAAAGGCUCUUGGAAAGGACGACUUCACGAAAAUUCCAAAUGGAGUGAAUGGAGUUGAAGACAGAAUGUCUGUGGUUUGGGAGAAGGGUGUUCAUGCGGGAAUUAUGGAUCCCAUGCGAUUUGUAUCAGUGACGAGUACAAAUGCUGCGAAAAUAUUCAAUUUAUAUCCAAGGAAAGGAGCCAUUGCCAUUGGUUCCGAUGCAGACAUCGUCGUCUGGGAUCCGAGCAGGAAGCGAACGAUUUCCGCUCAAACUCACGUUCAGGCUGUUGAUUUCAAUAUCUUUGAGGGUAUGGAAAUUAAUGGAGUGCCAGAAUUUGUUAUUGUCAAUGGACGCAUUUGUGUCGACGAUUGUAACUUGAAGGCUGUUCAUGGCUAUGGAAAGUUUAUAGAAACACCUGUCUAUCCAUCUUAUGUAUAUGACCUCGUCAAUGACAGAGAAAAACGACUGAGAGGAAUUGCUCGAAGUGAAGCUGACGAGAAGAGAUUCGCCGAAGAAGAUAUAGCAAUACAAAAGGCAAAGGAAGCUGCACGAGCGGCUGCAGCGAUAAGCGCUGCGAGAAUGAAUCAUACAAAUGGCAAUCACGAUUCGACACGAUCAAAAUUAUCUCAUAUCUCAUGCACACCAACUUUACCAGAGUCUGCAGUUAUCACUCCAUCAGGUAAAGGACCACGAAUGGAGGGUCAAAGGAAUCUGCAAGACUCCACCUUCUCCAUUAGCGAAGAUACAGGCGAAGAUCGAAGAGCUUGUAUCCGAGUUAAUAAUCCACCAGGAGGUCGCAGUGCCGGUGGUUUUUGGUAAAUUCGUGCAAAUUUG